ACUUUCGCUCGGUCUCAACUCAGAAAGGAAACCUCUUCUUCAUUUCUAACAAAAUGAAAACCAUAACAUCCACAACCGUUGAUCAAGGCGGCUACGCCAGCAACGAAACCAUCUCCACCGUCCAUCCCGACAUCCUCCAUUCCCACAUCCUCACCCGACUCGACGGCCCUUCCCUUGCCUCCCUCGCCUGCGCAUCGUCUCACUUACACGCCCUCUCUUCCGAAGAAAAUCUCUGGCAAAACAUUUGCUCUUCCACGUGGCCUUCCGUUAAUCACCCGCGUCUCCAAAAAAUCAUCUCCGCUUUCCCUUCCGGCCACCGCUCAUUCUUCUCCGAUGCUUUCCCGUUUCUCGAUCUCCGACCGUUAAAACUCAACGUCAACUGUUUGACUCUGCCAACGGAACUCAUCUCUGCAGUUGAUAUUUCCUAUCGGAACAAAAUUAUUUACUCUAAAGUUGAAGAAAUGGAAACGUCAAGCAGCUGGUUUUUGUGCUCACCAUUCCGGGUGGAUUUACUUGACCCGAAAGACUCCGCUCCGACACCGAUUAAGUAUUUUGGAGGUAGCAAUAAAGUUGACACGUGGCUAAAACAUUUGGAGGAAAACUUGAGUUUGAGCUGGAUAGUGAUCGACCCGAGCCGGAAGAAGGCGGCGGUGAACAUGUCGAGUAGGAGAGCUGUUUCCGUGAAGCGGCACUGGUUGACGGGUGAUGUGCAGGUCCGGUUUGGGAUGGUCGUGGGCGGGGGUGGACGGCGGGGAUCGUCGAGGGAGUUAGUGGAGUGUGGGGUAGUGGUCACGUGCGGUGGAAAGGAAGGACGGGAGAUGCACGUGAGGGAAGUGAGCAUGGUGAUGGAGGACAUGGAAGGGAAAGGGUUGAAUGGGAAGGAUAGUUUGGUAAUUUUGGAAGGGGUUAUGGAGAAUGGGAGGAGGAAGAAAGGGAUUGGAAAUGAAGGGAAAGAGAGGUACGAGGAGUUUGAAGAGAGGAAAAGGGAGAGAAGAGAAAGGAGGCAAAGGAAAGAAAGGGCUUUGGAUUUGGUUUGCAUUAGUAUUGGCGUUGCCGGGUUUGUAACAUUUUGGUCAGCAAUGUUGUUCAGGUAAUAAGAUUUCAGCAAAAUUACAGGUUCAAAGAUUCAACUCUUCCCACCACAAGAUGUAUAUUUUUAUAGAAAUACAAUUUUGAUACCUAAAAUCAUAAUGCAUGUAAAUUUGUAAUUGAAGUUGUUCAAUUGAUUAUUUAAUUUGUUUCAUUC